AUGGACAGGAUGCCGGUCAUGACGAUGGGAAAUGUGCCGCCGGUGCGGAAGGCAAGCGGUGCGGAGGAGGCAGAGCAGAUCUUCGAGGACCCCUACAACUUGGAGGCGAUUCUUGCUAUUGAUGACAAGCUGGCGCAGCUGAUCCCAGAAUCUGAGUGGGAGGCAAAGUCCAUUCGAUCCCUCCGCGCUGGAUCCGAGAUCUCUGCAGGUCACUCCCAGUUCUCGAAGCCCUCUGUGCAGUCAAGCGCUUUGAGCUGCAGCGCGUUGCCAGGUGAGCAGGUCCUUCGAGAGCAAUAUGAAGAUCGGGAGAACCGAAAAGCGCUUCAUGCCAUCGAUGAUCGAAUCAGCCAGCUGCAGGAUGAGAUGCGACGACGAGCUUCAGAGCAGCUUCAGCCUGACCAGCUUCAGCAACUCUUACUCCAGGCAGCAGCUGCACAGCCAGUGCCCGGUGUGGAUGACAAAGUGCUGUCUCUCCAGGCCGGCGCUUUGGACGUCUUAGCCCAGAGGCAGCCGCAGCACCCACAGAAUGCUCUCGAAGCAGCUGGGCCUCUUUCCAAAGCAAGAGAAAUCUUGGCCAGGCUCGAGCAAAGCAAGGACGAUCUGGAUGACGCAGUGGCUGAGGCAACGUCUAGCCGGAUGCAAGUGGAAGACAGCGUUCGAGAGCUUGAAGAGCAGAGUUCAGCCAACCCCAUGACGGACAUGGAGGAUGUGGCUCACGUCGAGGAUGAUCGCUUGGCUGAGAUGACAACCUGGGCAACCAAGCUGGAGGACCUGGCAAAAGAGGCGUCAGAUGUGGCCACCAAUGGAGUUCCAUCGGCUCACGGUGCCUUGCCGGCCAUUGACGUGGAUGCUUUUGUGAAAGGAGAUUGGGAGUCUGCGAACCUCCUGAUGAUUCCGACCUUGUCCAGCGCUGCUGGUGGCACAGGGCCAGGCUCGCCCCAUGUACCACUGGUCUCGUCAAUGCCUUCUGAGGAGAUGGCCCUCGAGGAAGAAGGCGAUGUACUGGAUGAUCUUGGGUUUCCACCUGGCAUGGAGGCCAGCGCUUUGGGCAGCGAGACUGGCGAUGCAGUCGCAAGUGACUACAACCUGUCAGAUGACGACAUGCCUGUCUUUCUUCCAGUGGCCGAAAUCGUCGAACCAGCCAAGGCACUGGACAUGGAGUUGCCGGAAGGACACUGGACCGAUGAGGAUUUGGAGAAGCUUUCGAGCAUGAUGGAUGCGCAUUUUGCAGAUGCAAAGAUGAAGGGUGAGCACCCUCACUGA